AUGGAUGAACUCAAUGAGGAAGGUGUGAUUGAAAUGUCUGAAUGCUUGAAGCAUCUAAAUACCUUCAAGGAGAUUCCACCUAGUGAUGCAAAUCAUGAAGAGUUAAAAGGUGAUAGCACACUAGUGAGCACUAUGCUGGAGCUGAAAAUACUUUCAAUUCACCUCAAAUAUGUCUUUUUGGAGCCAAAUGGUGAAAAACCAAUCAUCAUUAGUAACUCGUUGGAUCAAAUGGAAGAAGAAAAAUUGAUUAAAGUCUUGCAGGUUCAUAAGGAAGCUAUAGGGUGGCCCAUUUCUGACCUUAAAGGCAUCAAUCCAGCCUACUGCAUGCAUAAAGUAAACAUGGAGAGUGAUUACAAACUAGUAGCUCAGCCUCAAAGAAGACUAAAUCCCGUUAUGAAAGAGAAGGUGAGAAAAGAGGUUCUAAAGCACUUAGAAGCUGGCAUGAUAUAUCCAAUUUCAGACAAUGAGUGGGUGAUCCCCGUACAAGUCAUGCCAAAGAAAGGAGGAACGAUUGUGAUUACCAAUGAGAAGAAUGAGUUGGAGAAUAUGCAUAGACUAUCGGAAGUUAAAUCAAGCCACAAGGAAGGAUCAUUUUCCUCUUCCUUAUAUGGAUCAAAUGUUGAAGCGACUGGCUGGUCAAACUUACUACUAUUUCUUAUAUGGAGGUGCAUGCUGGAAAUUUUUGCUGAUUUGGUGGAGAAAUGUAUUACGGUCUUCAUGGAUGACUUCUCUAUUUUUGGGGCUUCAUAUGAUUUGUCUUUGGAGAAUCUUGAGCUAGUUUUGAAAAGGUUCAUUGAGACCAAUUUAGUUCUGAAUUGGGAGAAGUUCCAUUUUAUGGUUCAAGAAGGCAUUGUUCUUGGCCAUAAAAUUUUAGCCAGAGGAAUAGAAGUGGACAAGGCCAAGAUUGAUGUGAUAGAGAAGUUGCCUCCCCCAAUUAAUGUUAAGGGUGUUCGUAGCUUCCUUGGGCACUCCGGUAUCUACAGGAGGUUCAUCAAGGACUUUUCUAAGAUUGCCAAACCAUUGUGCACCUUACUGAACAAGGACCAACCCUUUUCUCUUUGA